AUGGCUAGAAUCAAGAUGAUGGCCACCGGCGACCCCGGUAUGUGGAGGAGGCGCGGGAUGCCCAGAUCUAUACGCAUUCCCACUGACAGUGAUGAGGAGGCAAUGGAAAACCCCCCAACAGUCCCCAACAACGCCAACACCGAAAUGACCAAAGAAGAACAGACCAGACGCCCUGACACGCCGAAUGUCCAGAGAUAUAGCCGGAGAAACAAAGUGACGAUGAUUGCGCCACCACCUGCCUAUCCAACAGUCGCAAUGGACACCCCUGAAGAUGAAAUGCCUCCAGAAGCCACCACUUCUACUGGCCAUGGGCAGAAACGGCCAAGAACACCUUCACCGCCACCACCGCCACCACCGCCGAGCCCAGAGCGACAACAGAGACCCCCAUUGACACACAUCCCGCAAGCCACGAAGAAGGCCAUCUGUCCACAACAUGCUAAAGCUGCUGUCCAAGGGACAGCACAUACUGAAUCUGCCAUAACAGAACAUGAGGUUGUUGUCCAAACAGAAGCAGCAACAUACACUGCUGAAACAGAACCAGCAACUGAAGAAAUAGCACAAAACGUUGCUGUGUUUGCCCAAACAGCCGCUGAGAUGGCUGAAUUUCAUGUGCAACCUGCUGCCCCUAUUCAAAGACCAGCUAGACCUGCUGUACAUGCUGAUAUUGAACCAGAAAAUCCAGUCAUGAGGGCACCAAUACCAAGAGAAAGAACACUGAGAGAGUUGGCAGCCCCUAUGGAUGAUCAAGCGCUAUAG